AAUUAGCUAUUUUCAGAAGAGACGUUUCUUAAUCAAGUCUCAGAAGAGACGUCUCUUAUCCUUCAAUCUCCUCUCCUCUCUCGCCAAUCCUUCGAUCUCCUCUCCUUUCUCUUCAAUCCACAGUCUCAUCGGCAUCUUCAAACAACCGGCGAUGCGUCUCAAUUCCCGUUGAUACGAGUCCAUAGCCUUAGGUUUCUUCAAUUCCCGUUCUCCGAGUGUUGUCGUAAUCGGAGAUCAGAUCGACUUCCUGGUUGAAGGACGGCACUGUCUUAUGCUGAGAAGGGUAGAUGAGAGGCACAUACCCGGCUACAUAGUGAAGGAAAACUUCCUUUUACUAGCAAAACGACCAGAAGCUGCAGCGAUUGCCUUCAGGGCUGCCCAGAAUUUGAGGCUUAGUACAUUCUUAUUUGGCAUUUGGCAAAACCAAAGAAGCGUUGUAUACCUUGGAGCAGCCAUAGCUCUAGCUGACCUACAUCUAAUGGAAGGGAGGAAUGGAGAUGCUGUAUCACUACUUGAACGAUAUCUAAAAGACUGGGCUGAUGAAUCUCUCUAUGCCAAGCUAGCUCAAGUGUUUGCUGCAACGAAUAUGCUACAAGAUUCUUUAUCGCACUAUCAAGCUGCAUUAAGGAUAAAUCCACAUAAUGAGGCAGCCAUAGCUGAUGGACCGAAGAACAUAGAAACCACCCUAUCACUUUUCUGAUUGUUUUAAAAUAGCACAUGAUGGUUUCGCUAUCGUUCUACUCACUGUCAAUUGCUGUUGGUCUUAUUGUUGAAAUUGUAGUUUGUUUCUUUACAGGUCGAAUCUGCAAUAGCUAUGAAGUCUUUGCAGCCUCAAAUUAAGGCUAAUCAGGAACGGUAUGUUGGUGUCAGGUUAACCCAAUUUUCCUGAUGUGAUACUAAGUCUAUAGUUUGUAUCAAUCAAGUUGUUAGGUUUGAGUAAAUAGGUCUGAAGCUGCUUGUUUCAUCAUUAUGGACAGAUAAGUGUUGAGAAUGUUUAAAAUUUUUUUAAGAAACCUUAAUUAAGAAACUUGCAUUGGACAUAUAAAUGUUGUCGUCUCU